AUGCUCAGCGAUUUACCCGAUUGCGUUAUCCUUCACAUACUCUCUUUUUUGAUUACCAAACACGCUGUUAGAACAUAUAUUGACGCACAAGUAUUUCCAUAUAGUUGUUAUGGACCUCCUUUGUUUCUGUUCAAUUGGCUCUUGGAGUUUGCUAAUAUAAAAUCAUUGACUGUCACUGCAACUACUCUUAAGGUUCUCGCCUUAAUUCCUGGUCUGUUGAAGUUUAAGAUCCCUUCCUUGGAAAGAGACAUUUAUAAUUGGAAUCUGCGUGGUUGUUAUAUUCCUUCAGAGUUCAGAUACAAUACAAAAGGAAACUGGCCUCAUCAUUCCAAACAAAUUAUCCUCCUUCUACAAUAUGGUGAGGGGAAAAUAACUGUUUAA